AUGUUAGCAUCGACUACAACAACACAAGGAAUCACACAAUCGAGUGCAUUUUGGAACUUUGAUAACAAUGCUCUGGAAUCGUUCAAUAGUUACGACGGUGUUACAUCAGGAAGUCCAUCGUACACAACUAGCUUGUUAGGACAUGGUGCUGCAAUUAGUCUAACAUCAUCUUCAGCACAGUAUGUGUCUGUUUCAUCGAAACAAGUACUAUUCAAUUCUACUAGUUUUACAAUUGAAGCAUGGAUCUAUCCGAUUAGUUUAACAACAUCUGAUCAUGGAAUAUUCGGUCAAUGUCAAAACACAAUAACUAAUAUGUGUCUUCAUUUUGUUUCUCGAAAUUUACUAUUAUAUUGCGGUUUCUUUGGUAAUGAUGUAUCAGGAGUGACUACAUUAAUAAUGAACCAAUGGAGUCACGUUGCAUGUGUUUAUGACAUAACUACACAAACACAAGAAGUUUGGCUCAAUGGUGUACUCGAUGGAACACGUACAUCAUCUCCCUAUCAGAGUUCAUCAGGAAUGUUAACAAUUGGAAUGACGUACAUGCCAAUUCCUAAUAAUUACUAUUUUAAUGGUUAUUUGGAUCAAGCGCGAUACGAAUCGAGAGCAAAAAGUGCUACAGAACUAUUAUAUGUUGCGACAUUAUUUGUUCACUAUUCAUUUGACGGUGGUUCUCUUCUUGAUCAAGGUCCGAAUGGAAUCAAUGCAACUUCAUCAGGUUCCCCAGCAGCUGUCAUUGGCCGACUCAAUGAAGCACUUCAAUUUAGUUCAGGAGCUUAUGUUUAUGUGAAUUAUCCAUCUUUCUACUUUUUAGGCGUUGCAAAUUAUUCAUUCACAAUAGCACUAUGGGUUGCACCGACAGGAAGUUAUUCAAAUGCAACAAUUCUCUUCGUGAAUGCAACAAUAGGAUGGUGUGUUAAUUUUUUGACGAUGACUUCAAGUGGUAAUAUAAUUGCUAACUUAUGGAAUGGAGGUCCAGUCGCAACAAGAGGUCCUAUUCUUCCCUUGAACACGUGGAAUCAUAUUGGAUUUACAUAUAGCUUAACAAAUAGUGUUCGCUUGUACAUUAAUGGUACUAUAUAUUCAACAUCAGGUCCUAUUUUUUACGUAGCCUCUGGUUCUUUCACAACAGUUUGUCUAGCUGGAAACAAAAUCGUUCAUAAAUAUGUUAAUGUAUAA